AUCAGAAGAAAGCCAGCUUUGGACACGCGUUGGUGUGAGAUGAGAUCACUCGUACUGAACGGAUUAGAUUAGAAAUCCUGGUCCGUUUAAUAACGUCACGCAUGUACUAACACCGUCAGUCUUUGAUCUCGUUUGAUCAUGAAACACUGACCACAUGUUGACAAGAUCGGACGGACCAGAGGCAGCUUUUGAGGGACUCUUGAUCUGGCUAAGUGAACUGAGUGAUCGCUUAAAGGGAAUCUCGGAUUUGACUUCUCUAACACAGUGACUUCAUUAGAUCAAAGCGUUUCUGCCUUCAUCAACGUUUCCAGCAUCGGGACCUUUUAGUACAGUGAACGAUGAAUCACCUGUCUUUGAGUGAGCUAUGUUGCCUUUUCUGCUGUCCGCCGUGCCCGAGCAGAAUAGCUUCCAAGCUGGCCUUCCUUCCACCGGAGCCUACUUACACCCUGAUGUGCGACGAGAGCGGCAGCCGCUGGACCCUCCAUCUUUCUGAGCGUGCGGAUUGGCAAUACUCUGCCCGGGAGAAGGACGCCAUUGAGUGCUUCAUGACCCGGACAUCUAGAGGGAACCGAAUCGCUUGUAUGUUUGUGCGAUGCUCUCCAAACGCUCGCUACACCUUGUUGUUUUCCCACGGUAACGCUGUAGACUUGGGUCAGAUGAGUAGCUUCUACAUCGGCCUGGGCUCCCGCAUCAACUGUAAUGUGUUCUCCUACGAUUACUCGGGUUACGGGGCAAGCUCGGGGAAGCCUUCGGAGAAAAAUUUGUAUGCUGAUGUGGACGCUGCAUGGCAUGCACUACGAACAAGGUACGGGAUCAGGCCGGAGAACGUGAUCAUUUAUGGCCAGAGCAUCGGUACGGUCCCGUCGGUGGAUCUGGCCUCUCGGUACGAGAGCGCUGCCGUCAUCCUUCACUCCCCUCUGACCUCAGGCAUGCGGGUGGCUUUUCCUGACACAAAGAAGACGUACUGCUUCGACGCAUUCCCCAACAUUGAUAAAAUCUCUAAAGUCACCUCUCCGGUGCUGGUGAUCCAUGGUACGGAGGACGAGGUGAUUGAUUUCUCCCAUGGGCUGGCCCUGUAUGAGCGUUGCCAGCGGCCCGUAGAACCUCUGUGGGUAGAAGGUGCGGGACACAACGACGUAGAGCUGUAUGGACAGUACCUGGAGCGCUUGAAACAGUUUGUGGCUCAUGAACUUGUAAACUUAUAAAUGGACCUCAAGAUCAGGACUAACUUACUUGAUGAACAUACUCCUGGUGCCCAGCAGGCGACUGUGAACUUGACAACGGUUUUCUCACCUGUGUUUUUUUUUUUUUUUUCUUUUUAGUUAAUUAUUCUAAUUAAGCCGCACUUCUCCAUGCUAUAUAGAAAAUAGGAGAUGCGUCUUUACUGCCUUUCUUCGGGGUGUGUUUGUGCAACUGUACUUGCGUGAGGCGUGAGCGGAGGAGUCGGAUAUCUCGGAUGUUCGGUGACCUUGAUGCUAUGUACUAAAGAAUCAAACCCAUUCCAUUUAAGUCCAGUUUUUGUUUUGCUGUAUGCAUGUAAUCAUGUACACAAUGGAGUACUGUACAAAUGUAACAUUCUGACACAAAUAAUUGCCAUACAGGUGAUGCCAAAUAAUAUAUUACACUUUGAUACAUGACUUUUUAUGUACAUGUUUCUAAACCACACCUGCUUAUGUAUAAUGUACACAACCUAUAUGAAAUUCCGGUAUGUUGAUUUCUUUUUUUUUUUUUUU